UUGCUACUUUCCUUUUUAGGCAACUGGAGGGUGUUAUUGCAAAAAUGACAAAGGAAAAUGCUUGUGUGUUGUAACUUGUUCCGUCAGUCUCCUGUAAGCUGCUGUUCUCAGGUUUACCUCCUUGGGUUGGGUUUCUGAAGACAAUUGUUUCAUGCUAUCAAGUGGAAAACAUUUGAAGGAAAUGUAUCUAAAGAAAGAGUGAUACUUUUAGGUUAAAUAUUAACCAGAUUCAAACAAGCUCAAGAAUAUUUCAAGUGAGGUUAACUUGUUGGGCUGGUGAACAAGAACGAACUCAAGCAGUGAAGAAUAGGCAUGGGGAUACUCUAUUCAGAGCCCAUUUGUCAGGCAGCUUAUAAUAACGAUUUCAGUGAAGUUCAGUCCCUUCUGGAGCGUGACAGCAACUGUCUGAAUACCCAGGACUGCUUCAGUGGAGACACCCCAUUAAUUUGUGCAUGUAAACAGGGAAACAACAGGAUAGUUAGCUAUCUUCUAAAAAGAAAUGCGGAUGUCAACCUCAGAAACAAGAAGGACCGCACUUGUCUGCAUUAUGCUGUGAGAAAAAGGUUUACCUUCCUUGACUAUGUGCUCAUCAUUAUCCUCAUGCCAGUGAUGCUUAUUGGAUACCUGCUUAUGGUCUCAAAGACUAAACAGAAUGAAAACCUGAUCAAGAUGUUGCUUAGAGCUGGAGUUGAUGUUAAUGCUACAGACUUUUCAGGCAGCACAGCACUUCACUAUGCUUGUAAAAUGAACAACCAAGCAGUUAUUCCUCUACUGCUUCAAGCUCAUGCAGACACUUCUUUAAAGAAUCAGGAUGGUGAGACUCCCUUAGAUAUAGCAAGAAGACUUCAGUUCCACAGCAUUGAAAGUAUGCUAUGGAAAAAUUCCUAGUCAUUGAGGACUCCCGAACAUGCAGAAAAUUACCUCAUCUGGGGAUCCAUCUUGCACAGCAGCAGGAGUCCUGCAGAGGGUUGAGGGCUCUUUCUUGAUAAAGACUUGGUCCAAAUCCACCCUUUCAUUGCUGCAGACUUUUGACUAUUUUGUGUGAGAGUUGUCAAUGACCUCAAGGCCACAUGCACUGGAAAGUGUUAAUUUGAUCUUACUAAGCCUUGAAUGAUUAUAGGAGUGUUCAAAAUAUUGCCCUUCCCAUCUGCUUCCCCAGUUUUAUGACUUUGCUUGUGAGGACAGUGGAUUUUGAAAGCUAACUUUAACAUGUCUGGAAGCCUAAUGAGGAUGGUUGGCAGGCAAUAGAAAAAUAAAAUGUCCUUUAGAGUGUAUGU